GAGACAGACAGAAGUAAUCCUGUAAACUACCACCACCAACAUGAAGACAUCAAAUGUUCUUGUUCUCAUCUUAGUCCUGCUUUACAUCAAUGCCAGCACAGAGUGGCCUACGCACACAGUCUGCAAAGAGGACAACUUGGAAAUAUAUUACAAAAGCUGUGAUCCCCAGCAAGAUUUUGCUUUCAGCAUUGACCGCUGUUCUGAUAUCAUGACCCACACCUUUAACAUCAGAGCUGCAAUGGUCCUAAGACACAGCAUCAAGGAACUGUACGUCAAAGUUGAGCUGAUCAUGAAUGGGAAGACUGUCUUAACCUACUCUGAGACGCUUUGCGAGCCGGGUCAUUCUAAGCUUAUUUUCUGUGGAAAGAAGAAAGGAGAACACCUCUACUAUGAGGGACCUGUCACACUGGGAAUCCAAGAAAUCCCACAGGGAGAUUACACUAUUUCAGCAAAGCUGACUAAUGAAGAUCACGUCACUGUUGCUUGUGCUGAUUUUACGGUGAAAAAUUAUUUGGAGUAUUAUUAGCAACAAACCAACUUCAUGAAAGCUACAGACUACCAAAGCUAUUCAAGCCAAGUGAGCUGCUCACAUGCUACAAUGAUUCUGAAGGAAAUAAUCCCCACACUGUAGUUCUGAUGCUAUUCCUUUUUAUAAUUCACUAUUAUCAAGAAGUCACUAGACCCUCUAGUGGUAAUUUUAUCUCUAAAUGCACACUGUAGCCCACUUUUUGCUUCUAACAUAUACAGCUGCAAGUAGAAAGUAUUUGAUAACAUUCUCAUUUUAGGACUAAAAUAGCAUGAGGCAGAACAGGCGAGAACC